UCGAGAAUAUCGAAAUAACGAAAAAAAGGAUUUCAAUGAGCUCUGUGUUUCUCACUCAUUGUGAGAAAGUAGAUAGAGGAAGGUAGAUAAGAAUGACAAGGAUACGAGUAGUUCGAUCGUGAAAGUGAAAUUCGAUAGAGUUUCCAAGUGAAAUCAAAGCUACGCGAUGUUAACGAAGGAAAAACGUUUUAUUUGAAAAAGGAUAUGCUCGAGAUACUGAUGAUCAUUUCUUGAAACAGUGCAUGCAGGAUUUCAACUGAUAAUGGCUCUAUUGUCCAACCAUCAUAGCGAUUAUCAAUCCUGCUCCUCGGAUAUGUUAACGUCCUCUUACUCGACCUCAACUGGGAGGACGUAUGAUCCUCUUUAUCCUUCGCCAUACAAUUCGCCAAAUUGCGAACAAGUUAAGACUAUGUACGGGGAGAAUUAUGUGUACAAAGGUGAAUUAACGCCACGAAGAGAACUUGAGAAUCUUGAUUAUGCGAAAAACUUGGAAGCAGAGUAUUCGAGGACACCAGAGGGAUACGAAAGAGGACCUUGUGGUGUUUUGACACCCGUUACGCCACAACGAUACGAGAGUCAACAUCGAAUGAAUCAUGGAAUGUCACCUAGGACGACCUUGUACGAGGACAAUUCAAUGGAAUAUCAUCCGACGGCUUACUGCUAUGAGAAUCUCGCACAGAAACCUAAGUAUCAAUCUAUGGAGAGUGACAAGACAGUUUGUACGAUCGUCGAGUCGCGGAGAAAUUGUUGGGACGCGAUAUCUUCGACGGUUCAGAAAAAUCAAUCAUCUCCUACAAUACAGCCAAGAAGAGGAAGACGACGUUCGAGCGACGUACCCCCAUCACCAAGUGUUCUCAAACGACGUAGAUUAGCUGCGAACGCACGCGAAAGACGUCGCAUGAAUGGUUUGAACGACGCCUUUGACAAAUUGCGUGAGGUUGUACCAAGUUUAGGCGCCGAUCAUAAGCUCAGCAAAUUCGAAACUCUACAAAUGGCUCAAACUUACAUUGCUGCACUUUGUGAAUUACUCGAGAAACACGAUGGAAAAAGAUAA